CCCUCCCUCCCUCCUCCCUCCCUCCUGUCCGCUCCUCACGUUAUACUGCAGCCAAUUCCUGAAAUUCCAGCCUUCCUCGCGCGCUUCCAGUCACUCAGGCAGAUUUUACCCCCAAAACACUUCAUUUUCCCUACUGUUCCUUCUGACAGGAUUGAGCACCUGCCCUGUUUCAGACCUGGAAACGCCUGUCAUUUACCAACCAGGGCCGUUUCCAGAGCCUCAGCCGGCCCAUCAGUAUCUGCUAGGGCGUUUUGCUCUCCACCACCACCCUGUCGUCUGAGUGGGUAUCAGCGUCCUCUCCGGGGGGCGCUAGCGAGGAGCUGAGCGAGGGAUUGGACAAGCCUCUGGAGAACGAUGCGGAGGGCGUGUGGAGUCCGGACAUCGAACAGAGCUUUCAGGAGGCGCUGGCCAUCUAUCCGCCCUGCGGCCGACGCAAGAUCAUUCUCUCCGAUGAGGGCAAGAUGUACGGACGGAAUGAACUGAUUGCGCGAUACAUCAAGCUUCGAACGGGAAAGACACGGACCAGGAAACAGGUCUCCAGUCACAUUCAGGUGUUGGCGCGACGGAAAGCUCGGGAAAUCCAGGUGAAACUCAAGGACCAGGUGGCUAAAGACAAAGCCAUGCAGAGUAUGUCCACCAUGUCGUCGGCUCAGAUCAUCUCAGCCACAGCCUUUCAGAAUAAGAUGGCUCUGCAGGGCCUCUCGCGGCCGGCCUACCCGACCGCUGCUGGGUUUUGGCAUGGAGCUCUUGCAGGACAAACCACAGGUCCUGAAGACAUCAAGCCGUUUUCUCAACAAAACUUCAUCAUGCAGGCCACCGGUCCUCCGCCUAUAGCAGGUUACGAAAGCACUACGGGUCUCUCGAUGUCCUCCAGCGCGCCGCCCUGGCAGGGCCGUAGCAUCGCCAGCUCCAAACUGCGCAUGCUGGAGUUCUCUGCUUUCCUGGAGCAACCUCAGGAUCCAGAGACUGUCAACAAGCAUCUGUUUGUACACAUCGGUCAGUCCAACCCCACGUAUAGCGAUCCGUACCUCGAGGCCGUGGAUAUACGGCAAAUUUACGACAAAUUCCCAGAGAAGAAAGGAGGACUGAAGGAGCUGUUUGAGAAAGGACCGGCUAACGCUUUCUUCCUCGUAAAGUUCUGGGCGGAUCUGAGCAUCAACCUCCAGGACGACAGCAGCUUCUUCUACGGUGUAUCCAGUCAGUAUGAGAGCUCGGAAAACAUGAUCAUCACCUCCUCCACUAAAGUCUGCUCGUUUGGAAAACAGGUGGUGGAAAAGGUGGAGACAGAGUACGCGCGCUUUGAGAACGGCAGAUACGUCUUCAGGAUCCAUCGAUCUCCGCUGUGUGAAUACAUGAUCAACUUCAUCCACAAACUCAAACAUCUACCAGAGAAAUACAUGAUGAACAGCGUACUUGAAAACUUCACCAUUCUGCAGGUGGUGACCAACAGAGACACUCUAGAGACCUUGAUAUGCAUCGCGUACGUGUUCGAAGUGUCCACCAGCGAGCACGGAGCCCAGCAUCACAUCUACAGACUAGUCAAAGACUGAGAGCGAGCGUCUGCAGCUCACUGAUCCACAGACGCCGCAGCGCCUCCUCCUGGACGCAGCCCAGACUCCUGAAGCGGUCGCGAGGACACGCCGGGCACAGGACUCUCUAGCACUACUGCUCCGAGGCACAAGCAGAGAAUCUGCCGGAAUGGCAAAUCUGAAUGUCAUGACAUUUGAAUUUAUUCUUUUGUAUAAUGAGAACCAAAUGCAUGAGAAAGUUCUUUGGUUUUUCUUCAUUUCAUCUCAUUUUAGCCCCUAAGUGUUUGUAUUAGUGUUUGUUACUAUGGGAGUGAUGGUCACCUAUUUUUUUACAAACCAAAAGUGGACAAACAGUAGUUCUUCUUCAUAUAUCAGGACAAACGUGAAUGCCAAAUGACAGAAUGUUUAAGUGAUGUGUUUUUUCGUAGAUUUGCUACAUUGUAUUUAUCAGCCGUAUUCUUGAAUGUGGGAAACUUAAACUUAAAACGUGACAGAAACUAUACUGAUCUGAGGAAGCCGGAAGAUUCUGGGGUUUUCUCCACAACAAGGGCUUGUCUAAAACAGACAUGUAACUGCGUAUUUUACCUGACAGCAGGAUCAGGCCGUCAGAAACAGUUUGAUAUUUGGAAUAAAGAGCGUGUGUUAUCCCUUUAAACUGAUUUGAAAUG